AUGGACGUAGCUAGCAGAUGGGGUCUGGGUGUCCUGACCACUUACCACCUGGACCUGGUGUGGUCACCACUAGUCCAGGAAUUCUAUAACCUUCACCAGGAUGUGGGACACUAUCAGUCGAAGACUUCUGUCAAUGUGGACCACCAUCAUUCCAGGUGUUCUGUCAAUGUCACUGUGCUAAAAAUGACUCAGGCAGUGGAACCAACCCAGCAGGCUAAAAUCAGCAGCAGUUACUGCCAACAGCAGAGAGGCCUCUUCCAGUCCAGGGCCAAUAGGAUUGAGACCAAACAGAUGGUGCUGCCUUUGCAGACUUGUGCUGUGGAACUUUGGGUUCACAAAGACUUCCAGCACUUCCUGGCCCUGCUGUUUGCCACGGACGAGAUCAACAAGGAUCCCAGCCUUUUACCCAAUAUAUCACUGGGCUUCCAUGUCCAUGAAAUCUACCACAAUGCUGAAAGAGCCAUGGAGGGUGCCUUUAUGGGGAUGUCAGGAGGAGGACAGACCAUCCCUAACUACAGCUGUGGGAAGCAGGAAAAGACUGUGGCUGUUGUUGGAGGAGCCACGUCUACCCUGUCCAUCUCCAUGGCGACCAUCCUGGGACUCUACAAGUUCCCACAGAUCACCUAUGGCCCAUUUGACCCAAUCCUGCAUGACAAGGUACAGUUUCCAUCUCUCUAUCAGGUGGCCCCCAGGUUCUCCUCUCUGCCCUGGGGGAUGGUCCGGUUAAUGGUGCAUUUCGGCUGGACCUGGGUGGGGUUGGUGGUAUCAGAUGAUAUGAAAGGAGAGAGAUUCCUUUUGGAUCUGACCAGGGAGAUGGCCAGGAACAGUGUCUGUUCAGCUUUUACCAAGAAGAUCCCUAGUGGAAAGUUCAACCUUUAUAUAGCCCAGGGAAUCUACUCCAGUGUCACGGCUACAUCAGCUGCAGUGAUGGCUGCCUAUGGGGAUGCAGAGUCCCUGAACCUUCUGAGAUUUGUGAUACAGAGUUUUGGACUGUCCAAGAUGGUUUUGAUCACCACCUUUCACUGGGACUUCACUUUGAGCAUGACCUAUGAAACAAAUAGCUAUGAUUUUCAUGGGACUUUGACUCUGGCGAACCAUGCUAAAGACGUUCCUGGUUUCAGGGAUUUUUUGCGGACACUUAAACCAGCAAAAUAUCCAGAAGUCAUUAUCUUGAAGGAAUUCUGGGAAUCUGCCUUUGCCUGUUCCUUAUCAUUGCCUGAAAAGAGUGGAAUAAAAUGCUCAGAAAAUGCUUCCUUGGAGAUGCUGCCUGUGCACCCUUUUUCUCUGACAAUGUCUGCCCUGAGUUACAGUGUGUACAACGCUGUGUAUGCCGUGGCCCACGGGCUCCAGGACUUGCUCCUAUCCAACUCAAACCUGGAAUCUCUGGAAAAUGGGGACUGCCUGGUGCCUCAUCCUUGGUAG